AGACUCGACCACGCUCCCACCAACAUCCACCAGGAUCAAGUGGCAAUUGCACAAUCGCGAACAUGUCAGAAGAAGGCGCCAACAAGCGCAAGGCCGAGGAGGAGCCCUCGUCUCCCACCCCAUCAAAGCGCAUCAAGCAAGAUGAAUCCGUCGAGCCCCCAGAAAAGAAAUCGGCCAUGAAGCCCAUCCCCUUCCCCGAAAAGCCCGCCGUCAUCGAAGAGCGCACCGGCGAAAUCGAGUUCCGUGUAGUAAACAACGACAACGAUCGCGAGUCCCUCAUCAUCCUCACCGGCCUGAAGUGCAUCUUCCAGAAACAGCUCCCCAAGAUGCCCAAGGAUUACAUCGCGCGCCUUGUCUACGACCGUACCCACUUGUCCAUCGCCAUCGUCAAGAAGCCCCUCGAGGUCGUCGGCGGCAUCACAUACCGUCCCUUCAAGGGCCGCCGCUUCGCCGAGAUUGUCUUCUGCGCCAUUAGUUCUGACCAGCAAGUCAAAGGUUACGGCGCGCAUCUUAUGUCCCAUCUCAAGGAUUACGUCAAAGCAACGAGCGAUGUGAUGCAUUUCCUGACAUACGCCGACAACUACGCCAUCGGUUAUUUUAAAAAGCAGGGUUUCACGAAGGAGAUCACUCUCGAUAAGAACGUGUGGAUGGGAUACAUCAAGGAUUAUGAAGGCGGAACCAUCAUGCAGUGCUCUAUGCUCCCGCGGAUCCGCUACCUCGAGAUGGGUCGCAUGUUGCUCAAGCAGAAGGAGUGCGUCCAAGCCAAGAUCCGCGCCUACUCCAAGUCCCACAAUGUCCACUCGCCACCGAAGGAGUGGAAGAACGGCAUCUCAGAGAUCAACCCCCUCGACAUCCCCGCCAUCCGCGCCUCGGGCUGGUCCCCAGACAUGGACGAGCUCGCCCGCCAGCCCCGCCACGGACCCAACUAUAAUCAGCUCCUCCACCUGCUCAACGACCUGCAGAAUCACAACUCAGCAUGGCCCUUCCUCGUCCCCGUCAACCGCGACGAUGUUGCCGAUUACUACGAUGUCAUCAAGGAGCCCAUGGACCUCAGCACCAUGGAGAACAAGCUCGAGGCCGACCAGUAUGCCACCCCCGAAGACUUCAUCCGGGACGCCGGUCUUGUGUUCAACAACUGCCGCAAGUACAACAACGAGAGCACCCCCUACGCCAAGUCGGCCAACAAGCUGGAGAAGUUCAUGUGGCAGCAGAUCAAGGCUGUCCCCGAGUGGUCCCACCUGGAGCCGGAGAGGUAGGUCUUCGCGCCGAGUUCCAGGCGGAGAAUUCAGCCCUGAUAGCCGUCAUGGAGGAGGCCAUGUGCUCAAGGGGGCGCUUUUGCAUUUCUGUUUUGCUGGUAGUGAGUGUGGGGGAUGGUUUGAAGCGUGGCGUUUCGGCUCUUUCGACGGGUCUUUUGCUCUUUGGGUUUUUUUGUACAUCAUCCACUGCUGGAAUAGCAUUAUGAGGGGGAACGGUCUGGACACAAGUCAAGGGGCUUGCACGGGCAGCGAGUGACGAUGACAUGCGAUCUGCAGGUAGUAUAAAAGAU